AUAGAUCUACUCUAGAUCUGGACUCAAGUCUCUACACACUUAUAUAGAUCUAAUCUAGAAUUAGAUAGAUUGUCUUAGAUUUAGACUAGUAUAAAUCUAAUAAUAGAGCCUAUUAAAUCAACUUAAUCAAGAUCUAAAGAUAUCCUAGAUAAGGAUCACCAGGUGACCAGAUAUUUGAGGAGCGAAAGUGGGAUACAUUUUGAUUAUGGCACAUAAAAAAUAAGGCUCUUCUCAGAUGUUACCAAGCAAUGGUGUUUUCAACAAUCUACACGUCAUCUCAUUUUGACCUGAAUUUCAUGUUCACCAUUUGACAAGCAUUCAGGUUCCACUAAAAAUGUCUGGGAAAAAGAAUGAUGACUCUAAAGAGGAGAGGACAACUUCAGAUAGUGCAAAAAAGAGUUAUGAUUCCAGUGGUUCUGACAAUGAGUCUGACGAAGACACUUUCUCUCUCACUACACUUGAAAUCAGGGAACCAGCUCCACCAGUUUAUAUUGGGACAGGGUUGGUCUAUGAUGAAAUCAUGACCAUGCACAAAUGUGAUUGGGAUCCAGAUUUUCCAGAAAAUCCCCUGAGACUGACUGAGCCUUAUAAAAGAUGCUGUGAGCUUGGUUUGAUUGAAAGAUGUGAACGAAUUGAGAGUAAGAGAGCAACAGAUGAAGAGAUUUUGACCAAGCAUACUAAGGAGCAUCUUGAAUUGACAGCCAAGUCUGUCUCCAUGUCCUAUGAAGAGAGAAUGGAACUGUGUCAGAAUUAUGAUGCCUGGUAUUGUAAUGAUUACACUUAUGAUGCUAGUAUGAUUGCAGCAGGAACUACAAUCCAACUGAUGAAUGACAUCUUGGAAAGCAACUUGACAAAUGGAUUUGCAAUGGUUAGGCCACCAGGUCAUCAUGCUAUGGAGUCUGAAUUCAACGGUUACUGCACUUUUAACAAUGUGGCUCUUGCUGCUCAAGAUGCUAUAAAUAAAGGCGUAGAAAGAAUUCUAAUUGUGGAUUGGGAUGUGCAUCAUGGUCAAGGCAUUCAAAGAUUAUUUUAUAAUGACCCAAGAGUAUUGUAUUUUUCCAUUCAUCGCUACGAGUAUGGGAAAUUCUGGCCUGAACUAAGAGAGUCUGACUAUGACUACAUUGGUGAGGGCCCAGGAAAGGGUUUUAAUAUCAAUGUCCCCCUUAACAAGAUUGAGAUGACUGACAGUGACUACAUGACAAUAGUUCAACAAAUUCUUCUUCCCUUGGCAUAUGAAUACAACCCCCAGCUAGUCCUUGUCUCCUCAGGCUAUGAUGCAGCUGUUGGCUGUAUUGAGGGAGAAAUGCUGAUUACACCACCUAUGUAUGCACACAUGAUACACCAUCUCCUAGCAUUAGCUAAGGGCAGAGUCUGUGUGGCCCUUGAGGGAGGCUACUGCAUUAAGUCAUUAUCUGAAGGAUGUGCUCUAACUUUGAGAAGUUUACUACAAGACCCUUGUCCAUUGAUCCCAGCCACAGUUGAACCAUCUGACAGCAUUGUCACAACCAUCUUGAAUCUGGUCAAAGUACUGAGCCCCUACUGGAAGUGUUUCAAACAUUAUAAGAAAUUGGAGUCCUUUGAAAAAUGUGUAUUUAAGGAAGUGAAUAAUUCACCACCACUAGAAGGUGUGGUAUUCCAGACUUCAGAAAACAGACCAGAGAAAUACAAGUUGACUGGUUUUUACCCUGUUCAGACUGAUGAAGUGAAAAGAAAAUUUCAGUGCAUGAUUGAGAACAUCAUAGACCAAACUAAACUAGGAGUUGCUGCGACCAGGUGCUGCUACACAUUUGAUGCUCAGAUGAAAUGUCACAAAAAUACUUUUUCAUUAUCUCACCCAGAGAGACCUGCUAGAAUUAUCAGCAUACACAAAAAGUUAACUCAAUGGGGACUGUUGGACAGAAGCCUGAUUGUACCAUCAAGGAUAGCAAAAAGAUCAGAAUUACUUUGGAUUCACAAUGAGCAGUAUGUUGAUAAACUGAAAGUGACUGAACUGAUGGAUGAUGAAAGUCUUAGAGAUUUCCCACAUGAAGCUGGAUACCCCUCAAUAUAUUGUCACCAGAAAUCUUUGUACUGUGCCCUGUUGGCUGCUGGAAGUUUGUUGAAUGUUGUUGAAGCUGUACUUACUAAUCAGGCACAGAGUGGAGUAGCUAAUAUCAGACCACCAGGCCAUCAUGCAGAGUACAACAAAGCAAUGGGCUUCUGUUUUUUUAACAAUGUUGCUGUUGCUGCCAAGUUUGCUCAGAAAAAAUUUGGAGUUAAAAGAAUUCUGAUUGUAGAUUGGGAUGUCCAUCAUGGUAAUGCUACACAACAUCAGUUCUAUCGAGAUCCAAGUGUUCUGUACAUAUCACUGCAUCGGUUUGACAAUGGUCAUUUCUUCCCUGGACACCAAGAUGCAAGUGCAACUUUUGUUGGUUCUGGACCUGGUGAAGGUUAUAAUGUCAACAUACCUUGGUGUGGGAACAAAAUGGGAGAUGCUGAGUAUUUAAUGGCCUUCACCCAGAUCAUUAUGCCCAUAGCUUAUCAAUUUGCUCCAGAGCUUGUUCUUGUUAGUGCUGGUUUUGAUUCAGCUGUUGGAGAUCCUUUGGGAGGCUAUGCAGUAACACCAGCAGGUUAUGCCCACAUGACUCACAUGCUGAUGGGUCUGGCCAAUGGCAGAGUUAUCUUAACUCUGGAGGGAGGCUACAACUUGAAGACAAUUUCAGAGUGUAUGGCUGCAUGUACCUCAGUCCUGCUGGGUGACCAAUGUCCAGCUUUGAAGAAGCUUGUUCCAUGUGACAGCGCUGCCAUCACAGUCAAUGAAGUUUUGCUCAUUCAGAAGAACUACUGGUCUUGUCUCAAGUUUAAAGAAAAAAUUCCCAAAGUUGAAGCUGAUCUCCGACUGCCAACAUUUAGCUUAGCGCCCAAACCCAAGCAAUAUGACCCCAGAAAGACCAUCAGUUGCGGCAACAUUAAAAGCAACCAAACCAAAACAACUUCUGAUAUCUCGGACAUCACAACCACUGAUAUCACAGACAUAACCUCUACCUCCGGCCUUACCGCCAGCAAGACCGACAGCGCCCUCACAUGCAGCAGCGACGCCAGAAUCACUUACAGUUCCUUGAGCUUGCCCAGUGCAAAGGAAAAACUUAAGGACGUCAACCAGUCCCACAAUGAUGGACCGGAAUCUGCCCCUGAGCAAGAGAUCAUAUCGGCCAUGGGCAACCUCAGCUUGGACACCGCCUCUUCGGCGAGUCAACCUAAGAGGUGGGUCGACCCAGAUGACCCUUACGACCGCGUGAGUGACCCGGUGAAGAAGAUCUUCUCCUGCCAGAAGCCAAUAGAACCGUACAGAUCUGUUGUGUACGCCAACGAUCCAGGUUCCCCGCCACUCAGCAGAUUCGCCACUGGACACGAUGAAUACGUUGCAAUAGACGAGCCUGUUGCGGUGGAUUCUAGUCAAUACAAAGACCGCGAAGAGACCAUAGAGUUUCCAGCGCCACCCUUUAGAAGAGUGACUCGUUCUUCAACAUCAGAGGCGGCCACUGUUGCUGGCUCUAGUAGGGAUGCUAACCAGGUGACUGGUGGAGGAGAUGAGAGCCUAGGGGCUUGGGGAGGAUCGAGCCGACCUGCCAAUGUCCUUGAUCUGGUUAGGACACAGAAAGGGGUGGAGCAGAUGUAUGCUGUAGCGCCAUUGCCCUGGUGUCCACAUCUGACUGAAGUCUCUCCAUUGCCUGCUUCCAGCAUUAAUGUUCAUGAAAUGUGCAGUACUUGUGGUGACCAGACAGAGAACUGGAUCUGUUUAGCUUGUUACACUGUUGGGUGCAGCAGAUUUGUAUCUGGACAUAUGCUGCAACACAAAGAGGAAUCAGGCCACAACCUGGCACUCAGUUUCUCUGACCUGAGUGUCUGGUGCUAUGCUUGUGAUAGUUAUGUGGACAAUGAGGUUCUUUUGCCCAUAAAGAGUUCUGCUCACCUGAGCAAGUUUGGGGAAACACUUUGAUGGUCAAGACUUUCAGAUGCUCUCUAUAGUAGCAUUUGAUUUUCUUUUUCACAGCUCUAUUUCUAUGUGGUCCUACAGAGUUUCAUGAUCAGCUAUUAGCUCUAUUAUCAACUUGAUUAAUUAUUUACUGUGUUCCGAGAUAUCCAGAUAACAAAUUUGUAUUCAGAAGUUCUAACACCAGUAUGUUGGGCCCCCCUCCCCACUAUUGUUGCCAACCAUUUUUAGAUUUAAUUUUUGAUUGUUUUUUUUCUUGUUGAAGAGGAGGCCCAAAAAGUUGUCAAUUGUUUGAGUGGAUUGCUAUAAGAAAAGAUACCACAGAAUUUUAAUCUAAAGAAAUGUGAACCCCUGAACUUUAUAAAUAGAACAUUAGCAGUGGUAGAACCAUAGUGCUCCUAACACAAGUAGCAAGCAGCUAUUUCUAUAGCAGUUAGUUAAGUGGUCCUACCAGUAUGUUUCUGAUGAUAUUUUUGCAAUCUCAGUAAUCCCUUAGUUAUUUCCCUUGGUAAGAUCAUUUUUUUCAACAUCAUGAAUGAUUGAUGGCUUAAUGGUCUAUGACACACAGGGGAUAUAACUACCACACCAGCUACCUUCAAUUAAUUAUGAAUACUCAUUUAUUCAGAUGUCUCUCUCUUUCUAGAGCUGUAUACAAGCCUAUUGUUUAUGUGAACCUCUUGUAUCCGGUGAAAAGUAGAAAUAUUUUUAUAAUACUUUCAUUGUUUUAAUUCACAUAGAGAUAAUAGUUUAGAUUUCUUUGUUUUAGUUAAUGGUACUUUUGAUCUCUUUAAAACAUCUUGACAUUUCCCCCCCCCCCUCCCCAAGAUGAACUAGUCUAAGUGAGUCAGUGUUUUGUGGUAUAUCUUUUCUUCAAAGUGCAUUUAUUUUUAUUUUUUUGGUUUCAGCUUUAAAACUUUUAUGAAUGUUAAACAAGAUUUUAAAGGUUCUCAAUUUGUUUUUUCACAAGGUGAUUUUAAGGGAUUGCAUACAAAAUGUUGUGACUUUUCCUAUGUCUGUAAUAACCUUAGAAAACAUUUAAACAUUUUCCUUUGGAGGCUCUGGCAAAUUUAUUUAUUUUUUUUUGUUUCUGGAGGACACAAAAAACUUGUUUCAAACUUACACAUCUGCAGAACGAUGAAAUUAUUUGAAUAGAAUUACUUUCAUUUACAAUAUGUAAUAGAAUUGACUGGAUGAUAAGGAUAAAGGUUUGAUAAAUUUUAUGUGAAAAACUAAAAAGAUUUUUAUUUUAGAUGUAGCAAUUAUUAUGAAUUCUGUUACUUCAUCACUUUGAUCACAAUUAGAAUAUAUUAGUUUUGUUUUCUCAGUAGGUUUCAUUUAAUCAUUUCAUAUGUAUCACUAUAGUUGUAUUUAAUCAUGUCUUGAAUCAACAAGAUCGAUAAAGAUAAUAUUGAGUGAAACGUGCAUUAAUCUUGAAAUUUAAAUGUAAAAAAAAAGGGUGAAUAACAAUGUAUGUGACACAUUCUGUGUAGCUGUGAGUCCUACACUUAUAAUGAAUUACUAUUCUAAGUAACUGAAGUCAAACUUAUCUAGUAUAAUGUUGCUUAUUUUGUUUCCUCUAUACAUUUCCUAACAUUAUAUCUUUUUGGAAAUAUUUGUUUGUUUUUUUUUAACAGAAAGUUGAGACCUAUUUUAAUCAUCAUAAUGUGAAUAGAACACCCUCUAUCAAUUAAUUGCUUUGAUCAUGCCACUGCAAGGCCUUUUGUUGCAUGUUGUUGGUUAGAAUUGUACAGAGAUUUAGUAUAAAGUGAGGGUUUUAAAGAAAAGCCUGCAAAUAUUUGUAUUAUCAUAUUUACAGCUGCUAAAUAAGCAGUGUCAUGAAACUAUUAACAUUCAUAGAUAUUAGCAUAUUAUAUGUGUUUUAAUGUUUGUGCUUUUAAAAUUAAUAUUCAUUGAUGUAUUUACUUUUUAUAAAUUCAACAAUAAAGUCGUAAACAGUUUAUUUCUUA